UGCGGGGGCCGGUCCCGGGGCGCGGCGGGCGGCAGGCGGCGCUGCGCCCCUUCGCGGGCCCCGGCCCGCUCGGCUCCGCGCCCGCCGCCCCCGCCCAGCCCCGCGCCCAGCCGAGCCGAGCCCAGCCGAGCCGAGCCCGGCGAUGCCAGCGGCCCCCGGCCGCAGCGGCCCGGGGAGGCGGCGCUGACCCGGCGGAGCGGGCGGACGGCGGCCAUGGGCAGCGGCGGCCCCGGCCCGCACGGACGGCACCGGCAGAUGCACUGAUGUCUGCCCCUUGCAAAGACCUGACCUACCCGAGGUCGGCAGAUGCGCAGGUGUUAGUGUGAAACCCCAGUAAGAGAAUGAGUGAGAGAGACAUACAAAGCCUGAGCAAAUGGGUUUUCGUGCUCACUCUCUGCCUUACCAUGCUGUGGGGAAGACUGACGCUGGCCUCCGCCCAUCACAGAAGCCAUUCAGUGCAUGUAGAGCCCGGCACGUGCGAAGUCAUUGCAGCUCACAGGUGCUGCAAUAAGAACAAGAUCGAGGAGCGCUCCCAGACGGUGAAAUGCUCCUGCUUCCCGGGGCAGGUGGCAGGGACGACGCGGGCAGCUCCCUCCUGCGUGGAUGCCUCCAUCGUGCUGCAGAAGUGGUGGUGCCAGAUGGAGCCGUGCCUCGACGGGGAGGAGUGCAAGGUACUGCCCGACCUCUCGGGCUGGAGCUGCAGUAGCGGCAACAAAGUGAAGACAACCAAGGUCACGCGAUAGCCUCCAUGCAGCUCGGCGGCGGCUGAGCCGCCUCGGCGCGGGUCCCCGGUGCUCUGCAGAGCGUGGGCGGCAGGACGUGGUCCAGCCGGGCGGUGCCUGCGGAGGCGGGAUGCUCCAGAGCUGCCAUCCUGUGCCUCCCGGUGGGACCGUGCCAGGCACCAGAUCAGAGCAUCCGCUGAGCCCUGGCUUCCCUGGAGGCGGCAAGUAUGGGACCCCAGCACAGCUGCAAGACUCCUGUCACUCCAUGGUCCCCUCCUGCCCCAUGGAGACGCUCACCGACCAAGAAAUGGGCUCAUUUUCCCAUCCUCUUAAGUAAAAUACUCCAGUCAUGAAAGAGCUGUUGACAAUACACAGACAGACAGACAGCGGUCCCCCAAAAUGGGCUUUACUCUGAAAUAGUUGCAAUCAUUACUGUGAGUCGCCUGUCCCCAUCUCCCAAGAUGUUGAAUCAGGGCCGCUGUCAGGAAUUGGGAAGUCAAUGGUUGUGUGAAACCCUCCCUUGUUUGGCUCAUGGCCCCUGGCCCUGUGGGUUCCCAGGAGCAGGCACUGAGCUCUCCGGGGGGCUGGGGGGCUGCUCUGACCCCCGGAGCGUUGUGCUUUCCCUGCCCUGUGUCCUGGCUGCUGUGACCAUGCGUAGAGGAUGCACUGGCGUGGUUGGGGCUGCCUGAGACCCCGUCAGCCCCCGGAGGUGGGGAAAUGUCUCCAUGGCGCAUGCUGCUGGUUUCUCCUUCCUCGGUAAUUGCAUUAAUCAGGCUGCAAGUUUAGUAUCUGUUCUCUACCGUGCAAGUCCCAGGCACCAAGUUACUGCUUGUGUUUGCAAUCGAAUUUCAGGAUAACUUGUGGGGGAAGCCCUUUUCUGUCUGUGGGUCUGGUGUGCCUGACACCAUGCAGAUGCCCAGCCAGAGACCCAGACUGAGCCAGGCUUCAUUGCAUUAAUUCAAAAUAAAGAAAAAUGUACCAUCUCCUGGCCGUGAGCUUGUGACCUUCUCCAGGACGCACCGUUUUCCCUGGCGUGGCAGCCUGAGGGGGAGAGGGUGGGAGCCCCGCAGUCCCAAGACCAUCAGGGCUGGGGAUCCCAGGGCUGCUGCACUGGUGGGGCCGGUGGCAUGUGGCCUGAGCAAGAGCAUCACUGCAGGGAGUGGGGCCAACGUCCCCCGGGGUGCCCCAGCCCCACUCAUCACCCGCGCGGGGGGACGUGCUGGCUCAGGAGGGGCUGGGGGCCAGUGCCGGCGUGGGGGCUGGCAGCGCGGCAGCUGCCUGCCUCCAUGCUCCGGCUGCCACUGGCAGGACUCGUUAUUUAGACGUUUUUGUAAUGGGGUACGUAAUACCUGCUCCAGAUGUGAUGUAAAUACCAGACUGUGAAAUAAUAAAUUCAUUUUAAUCUCUGCAAAGGAUCUUUUCAUUCAGCAGCAAAGGGAGGCUUUGGGAGUGCUUCUCUUGCUGACUGCAUCCGAGGCACAGAGGCUGGGGGAUCUCCCCUGGCCAUUCCAACCAGCUCAUGCAGCAGCAGCCGCUCUCAUUGCUCAUGCAACUAUCUAAUUCU